AUGUUGGGUGAUGUUUCUCAUGUUCUUAGAGUGUUGAAAAAUGCACCCGAUCACGGUCAAACAAUAUUAUCAUUGACACGUGGUGAUCCACACAAUAUGGGUGGUGGUAGCAGUGGUGAUAGACAUGGAAAUAUUAAAGCAAAAUUAAAACAUCUUAUUAGUCAGAUAAAUAGUUCCACCGAUAGUUCAUUAUUUAUAUUCUCAAAAAAAAAUUGGAUAAGAAAACGCGCAAUUCCAUUUGAGUACAUGGUAUUACUAACUAUUAUAGCUAAUUGUAUUGUACUUGCAUUAGAAGAACAUUUACCGCGAGACGAUAAAUCAACGUUAGCCAAAUCAUUGGAAAAAACCGAAGUUUAUUUUAUUGGAAUAUUUUGUUUUGAGGCGGCAUUAAAAAUCAUCGCAUUAGGAUUUGUUUUACAUGAUGGAUCAUAUUUAAGAAGUCUGUGGAAUAUAAUGGAUUUUGUUGUUGUAGUCACAGGAUUAACAACAAUAAGUAUUAAAAGUAGUUCAUUUGAUCUUCGUACAUUGCGUGCUGUACGCGUACUAAGACCAUUAAAAUUGGUAUCUGGCAUUCCAAGUCUUCAAGUAGUGUUGAAAUCCAUUCUCAAAGCUAUGGCUCCUCUAUUUCAGAUAGCUUUAUUGGUGCUAUUUGCUAUUGUUAUUUUUGCUAUUAUUGGUUUAGAGCUAUAUAAUGGUGUUUUUCAUACAACAUGCUUUUACGUUAAUCGAACAGCUCCUAAAAAUGAUAGUGAAGAAUUGAUGUAUAAACAAGGCGAUGAGCAAAAACCUAUUCCCUGUGGUAUACCAGAUUCAACAUUUAAACAAGAACGUGAACGUGUUGAAAAUCGCCGUGCCUUUUUAAAAAUUCGACGUCAACAACAAAUUGAACGUGAAUAUAAUAAUUAUAUUGAAUGGAUAAACAGAGCAGAAGAUGUUAUAUUGAAUGAAGAACGAACAACGGAACAAGAACGUCGUGCAAUACUAGAAGCUCGUAAAUAUGCUGCUUUAAAAAAAAUUAGGCAUGGACGAACGGGAAAACAACACAGCGUUGAUGAUGAUGAUGAAGAUAUUGAUUCAGCAUUUCAUCGUGCACGCGGUGUCGAUUUAGAACGACCAGAUCGUACACGAAGUGUAAUGAGAAAAUGUUGGUUUCGUCACAGGAUUUUAAGAAGUAAAAUUCGUUUAUUAGUUAAAACACAAGUUUUCUAUUGGACUGUGAUAGUUUUGGUGUUUUUGAAUACUGUUUGUGUGGCAAUUGAACAUCAUACACAACCACAAUUUUUAAAUUCAUUUUUAUAUUAUGCUGAAUUUGUAUUUCUCGGAUUAUUUAUAUCUGAAAUGUUGCUCAAAAUGUUUGGUCUAGGUGUUUCCCAAUAUUUUGCCUCAUCAUUUAAUAUAUUUGAUUUUGUUGUUAUUAUUGGUUCAAUAUUUGAAGUGAUAUGGUCAGCAUUUAAACCAGAUGAAUCAUUUGGUAUAUCCGUGUUACGUUCAUUACGGCUAUUAAGAAUAUUUAAAGUGACAAGACAUUGGGCAUCAUUAAGAAAUCUUGUUGUAUCAUUACUUAGUAGUAUGCGUUCAAUUGUCUCGCUAUUAUUUCUUCUCUUCUUGUUCAUUUUGAUAUUUGCCUUAUUGGGAAUGCAAUUAUUUGGUGGAGAAUUUAAUUUUGAAGACGAAACACCAUUACAAAAUUUUAAUAAAUUUGCCACAGCACUAAUUACUGUUUUUCAGAUUUUAACUGGUGAAGAUUGGAACGAAAUAAUGUAUAAUGGUAUCCAUUCUCAGGGUGGAGCAGGUGGAACAGGCAUGAUUUAUUCACUCUACUUUAUUAUAUUAGUACUAUUUGGUAACUAUACUUUGUUGAACGUAUUUUUGGCCAUUGCUGUGGAUAAUUUGGCAAAUGCACAUGAAUUAACAAAAGAUGAAGAAGAGGAAGCAGCUGCUGAAGAAGAAAAACGCGAACGUGAAGCAAAAGAUGCUGAAUCAAUGUUUAAAAUGGGUGGUGGUUCAACAUCACAUACAUUACCAUCAACAACUGCAUCAGCUAAACAAGCACAUGUCAGCACAAAUGGUCAUUCAACAACGGCACAUAAUAAAAAGCCAGAAAUGUUAGAACACAACAAUUUACGGCAAACUGUCAAACAUGAUUAUGUUGAAAAUGCUGUUAAACAAGCAUUCGAUAUUCCUGAUACUCGAGAACAAUCAUCUUAUUUGGAUAAACAAUUGUUUGAAAAAACAAAUUUAGAUAAUAUACCAGGAUUAGACUAUGAAUUUGGACCAGUUUAUAUACCAUCAUCACUUGAUGAAUUACCGUCAAAAAAUGUAAAAGUUACUGAUCAGAAAGAACUUGAUAGAAUAAAACAAGAGAAACUAGCUGAAAAGAAAAAGAAAGAAGAAAAAGCUAAAGUGAUCGAAAAACCUAUUCUACCAUUUAGUUCAAUGUUUAUAUUUAGUUCCACAAAUCCUGUGCGAAAAUUUUGUCAUUUUAUUGUUAAUCUACGUUAUUUUGAUACAUUUAUUAUGUUAGUUAUUUGUUUAAGUUCAAUAUCUUUAGCCGCCGAAGAUCCUGUUCAUGAAUUUUCAUUCAGAAAUAAAAUAUUAAAUUAUUUAGAUUAUGCAUUUACGGGAGUUUUUACCGUUGAACUUAUUCUAAAGAUAAUUGAUUUGGGUAUUAUUUUUCAUCCUGGCUCUUAUUGUCGAGAUGUAUGGAAUAUUCUCGAUGCCUUGGUUGUUAUAUGUGCACUUGUUGCGUUCGGAUUUACUGAAAAUGGUGCUGGUAAAAAUUUGAAUACAAUUAAAUCUCUUCGUGUACUUCGUGUAUUACGACCACUAAAAACCAUUAAUCGUGUACCAAAACUAAAGGCUGUAUUUGAUUGUGUUAUAACGUCAUUGAGUAACGUUUUAACAAUACUUAUUGUGUACAUGUUAUUUCAAUUUAUAUUUGCUGUUAUGGCUGUACAAUUAUUUAAAGGAAAAUUUUAUCAUUGUUCAGAUAAAUCAAAAUUAAAUGAAAAUGAUUGCAAAGGUUGGUAUUUCAAUUUUGGUAGUGGUAAAACAAAACCAGAAAAAAAAGAACGAACAUGGGAACCAUAUGAAUUUACAUAUGAUAGUGUACCAUCUGCAAUAUUAACAUUAUUUACCGUUCAAACUGGUGAAGGCUGGCCAACAGUUCUUCAACAUUCGAUUGAUGCUACAGGUGUUCAAUUGGGUCCACGACCUGGAAAUCGUUUAGAAGUUGCUUUAUUUUAUGUUAUCUAUUUCAUUGUAUUUCCAUUUUUUUUCGUAAACAUAUUUGUUGCUUUAAUUAUUAUAACAUUUCAAGAUCAAGGACAAAAAGAAUUAGAAGAAGCAGAAAUUAAUAAAAAUCAGAAAUCUUGCAUUGAUUUUACACUAAAUGCCAAGCCAAUUCAACGAUUUAAACCAAAAAAGGAAAGUUCAUUACGUUAUCGUAUAUGGCAAUUAGUUGUUUCAACUUAUUUUGAAUAUUUUAUUAUGGUCAUGAUAGCAUUAAACACAUUUGUGUUGAUGAUGAAAUAUUAUAAAAGUCCGUCAACAUACAACGAUGUUCUGACUUAUUUAAACACGACAUUUACUGCAUUAUUCACAAUUGAAAGUAUAUUGAAAAUAAUUGCAUUCGGAUUGAGAAAUUAUUUCAGAGAUAAAUGGAAUGUGUUUGAUUUUAUUACUGUCAUUGGAAGUAUUUGCGACGUAUUAUUAACAGAAUUUAAUUUCAGUUCAGCUCGUGGCAACGUGGUCGCGCGUCCUGGACCUGUUAAACAUAAAAAUAGUUUAUUGAAUCUUGGAUUUCUACGAUUGUUUCGUGCAGCAAGAUUAAUAAAACUAUUGCGACAAGGUUAUACAAUUCGUAUAUUAUUAUGGACAUUUAUGCAAUCAUUUAAGGUUUUUGGCAAUGUCAAUUAUGAGACGCCUAACAGAGAAAUUAAUCGUCACAAUAAUUUUGCAAAUUUUUUUCAUGCAUUAUUAUUAUUAUUCAGAUGUGCAACUGGCGAGGGAUGGCAAAGUGUUAUGUUAGCAUGUAAAGCCAACUCUGAAUGUCAACCGCAAACAAAUGAUCGAAUGUUGAAUUUAUUUGUCGCUGUUAUUAUGGAUAAUUUUGAUUAUUUAACUCGUGACUCAUCCAUCCUUGGCGCACACCAUCUCGAUGAAUUUUUACGAGCAUGGUCGGAAUAUGACUCAGAUGGAACUGGUCGAAUUGAGUAUACAAAAAUGUUCGAAAUGUUGAGAUUGAUGAGUCCACCAGUUGGUUUUGGUACAAAAUGUCCAUCCAAACUUGCUUACAAACGUCUUAUAAGAAUGAAUAUGCCUAUUGAUGAUCAAAAACGUGUUCAUUUUACGACAACAUUAUUUGCUCUUAUACGCGAAUCACUUGGAAUCAAAAUGAGAACCAUUGCUGAUGAAAUGGAUGAGGCAGAUGAAGAAUUGAGACAAGUCUUAGUGAAAGUUUGGCCAAAUGAAUCGAAACGUGUAGUAAAAAUUGAUAAUACAGAAAAGCCACUUUUAGAUUUACUAGUACCACCACCAUCAGAACUUCAUGGCGUACCAGGCUUUCCAAAACUGACAGGUUUAUUUGAUGGUCUUCUGUUUGCAAUGAAACAUCGAGGACAUUCAAGAGAAGUGAUAAAUGAUGGUGAUUACGAUAUGACUGGACUUAGACGAAGUGGAAGUUUUCGACGAACCGGUUCUAACAAAUCAACUGCGAAUUUUGAUAGUUUAUUUGGUAAAAAGAAUAAAGUUGGUAGUAGACGUCCGAGCGGUGAAAAUACGUUGUUAACAAUAGCAAAUGCAAUGAGACCGUCACCAUCCGCUCAUUCUCGUGUCAGUAUGAGCAAUAUCGACGAUAAACGAAAAGAUGAAAUACAUUAUGGAAAAACUCUGAGUGUACCGGAAAAUGUUCUUCGCACAUCAUUACCAACAAAUCUUCCGCAAUCAAAUGAUCAUGCAUCAACUAUUCCAAAUAUUAGACCAGCUAUUAUGUCAACACCUGGAACUAGCCGUUUGUUACCAACGAAUAUUACCAAUACCACCAGUAAACCAAUAAUAAAUGGACUUCCACAAGAAGAAACUUUUGUUUUAAAUCAAACACCACCCACCUUUAGACCAUCACUAAACAGAUUGCCUUAUAUACAAUCACCAAUAGCUCAACAAGCAUUACCAUACGAAAGAGGAGAUCCUGUAUCUGUUUAUCAACGUUUUCCUGCACCUGUUAACAUUAGGCCUCUAGGACCAAAUCAUCCAACUUUAUGGCAAGAAUCGAGUUCUCCCGACGUUGAUCAUAUGAAUAAGAGAACACAACAAUUCUUAGUACGUCAACCAAAUCAGACACAUAAUUUAUCGCAUGAGACGGUUAAUGAAAAACAAAAUCAACAUCGUGCACGUCCUCAAGGUCAGGCAAUGAUGCCCUUCAAUGAAGAACAUAUUGCAAGUAGUUUAACUUCAGAUUAUACUCGCUUGUCUGUCCAUCCGACUACAACAUUAUACGAUGAAGAAGAGAACGAUAGUCCGGAUAGUUAUAUUUAUCCUCAACCUCGAGCCCGCCUUCCAUUGACAACGGUUACAACAGCCUAUAAUGCGACAAAUAUCCCAACAACUACCGUCAUGUCUAGUGGAAGAAAACUGCCAUUGAAUGGUAAUGGUGAAAGACGAAUAACUACAAAUAGAAGUCCGAAAUUGAAACAAAAAAAGAUUUGUUUGGAUAAAACAGAUACUAGACGGCAUCAGCAGUUUAUCAAUGACGAAGUGGUGACAGAUAUUCGAGAUACGAACAAAAACGGACGUUCAAAGGGACGAGGGUCAAGAACAUCAAGAGUCGUAUUAUUUUAUAACGCUGCGCGUAAGUAUUCGGAAAAGAGAAAUAGUCGCAGUGAUCAUGGAUCAAAAUGGAGUUGUUUAUAUUUGCAAGAUUUCUUACUGAAAAUAAAAAAUGGUGAUGGAUCAUCGUCUAUAGAGCAAAAAACACCGUUAUUAGAUGAAAGUCAUAGUGAUUCGAUCGAUUCCAAACAUUCGCUGGGCGAACUUCGAGAUCGUACUAGUCCACAGUCUCAACACGAACCCGGCAAUAAUCAUCCAUCAUCUACCAGAUUAUCAAGCCCUUCAACAGACACAGUUUCUAGUCUACAUGAUCAACCAGUUUCAACAUUAUUAUUAACUAAAAGUCGAAGUCCGUCAACCUCACCAUCAAGAUCCGAGCGUAAUAUCGACACAUCAACAAGAGUCUUACCAGUAAUUCCUACUCGUUCACGAUCUUCAUCAAAUAAUCCUCCGUCAAUAAUUAUGCAAUCACAAAUACCGAAAACUUUACAAACAAAUUUACUUGACAGUCCUUCAUCUUACACAUUUCCUUAUGUAAAUGAAUCGCCGUCUCAUCAUCAGUUGAUUAAUAGGAGUAAUAAUCAAACUAAAUUUCAUCAACAACAUGAAUCAAGAGCACCGUUUAAAAAUGAAUUAUUUUAUUAUCAAGAUUCAGACGAUGAUUCGCAAGAUGGUGAAAUUGAUGAAUCAGAUACACAGUCUUGA